AUGCGCGUUUUUUUUAAGAGUGCAACAAAGGGAUCGACUGGAAAGAAAAAGAAGAAGAAAGAUUUCGACGAGGAUGACUAUGAUACAGACGACGAAACAUUGGGAACGGAUAGCGAUUUGAAGAAGAGAAAGAAAAAGGCGAAAGAUAAAAGUAAAAAGAAACGUUCUGUUCGAGAAAAUAGUGAUGGUAAGAAAUUGAAACAUAUAUAA